AUGGCUAGGAACCUGCACGUGGGGAUAUUCUACCAUAACGACAAGGAGGAAAAGAUUGCUCAGAGUCUGGCCGCGAGGAUGGUCAAGCAUGCGCUUGACCUGGAUGGGACAUGCACGGGCGAGCACGGUGUUGGCCUGGGAAAGAGGAAAUACCUGGUAGAAGAGCUCGGCGAGAGCACUGUUGAGCUGAUGAAGUACAUCAAGCAGUGUAUCGAUCCUUUGAACCUGUUCAACCCUGGAAAGCUAUACCCUGACUGA